UCUUCUCCUCCCGGUCUCUUCCUCUCUCUCUUCUGUUUCUGUAGAAAUUCUUGUUCUCUGAAAAUCAGAAAUGGCAAAUUUGUCACAGAGCGAUGCUAAUCGAAUGGCUGGAAAUCAAGUGAAGGCGAAAAAUUCUGAUGGUGGGGUUUGUUUGAUGAGCAACGUAUGGAGAGAUGAGCAACAUCCAUCUUUCAUCAAUUUUAUGUCAAAUUUCCUAAGCACAAACUCAUUUCGCCUCAACUUUGUUCCAAUUGCCCCAGACUUGAUAUUCAAUUGUGGGGGUCUAUCAGUGGCUUUUGCUUUCGUGACAAGUUGGGACUGCAGCAAUACAUCAUCGAUCUUCAGCAGAGUGCAAAAGUUGAAGAAGCAGUUUGCAAAUUUCUAUGCUGUUGUUGCCCUUCCAACCAAGGAGCAGAAUGAUUCAUUUGUUAAAUCUUACUUCAGAAAUGGCAUGGAGAUUGGUAAGCCACCAUUUUUACCAGUUCAGGAUAUUGAGAUGGGCUUUGAGAAGAUUGUAAAAAUAGCACACUCUCGUGGAGCAUGCAAGCAACAAGAUGUCAUGUCAAAACUGAGGACUGAGAGGAAGAGAUCAGUGCAAGACAUGGAUGCUUUUCGUAGAGUCAUAACUUCUGUACCAGGCAUUGAUGAUCAUGAUGCAAAUUCACUAAAUCAAGCUAUUGGUUCAAUUGAGGCAAUCGCCAAAGCAUCCAAGGAGUACAUUUUGGAGAACACAGAUCUGUCAGCGGACAAGGCAGAGAGAAUUAGGGCCUUUUUCAGGGAUCCGAAGUUCUACCUCAGUCCCAAAAUAAAUUGACAUUGGAAAUCUCUCUUUGAUCUCGGACGAAAUCCGCGGAAGAGUUACGAGGUCAGUCAUACUUUAACAUUGCUUUUAUUACCUAUCCUGCAUUGGAAUUCAUAGUUUGGGUUUGAGAGAACCCUUAAACAGUGGAGCUUGAAAGGUUGCCAAUCUUUACGCACACGCACACCCAAAGAAAAAGCAAGGAAAAAUAGAAAAAUCAAAUAGAAGUGUUAAGUUGGUACCCACAUUCAACAUGGGAAAUGUCAAUCUCUGCAUUCCUGGUUGGCUGGUGGCUAUCAUUAGAAUGGCAUGUGAACUAAAAACUCUCUAUAAGCAAAUUAAAAUUGAACAGAUUAGCAGUUCCUAAGCGUAUUGCGUUUACACGAGCCUUUCUAGCAAGGUUUUAAACAUAGACGAGAGGAUAAGAACAGAGAGAGGGAGAGAGAAUCUCUGAGUUGCUGUUUGCUAAUAUAAUAUCCACUUUAGGAAUGUGUACUCAAGUUUGACUCAGUUUAAACUGUUGACCCAUUCAGAUUAGUUUCAUACAUAAUUUGACGUGGAAAUAUAAAUCCUAAUUUAUACCUGUGCCGGCUUGUCGUUUGUUUGGAUUGAGUCUCCUUCCAUUUGCCUAUGCCGAACCACAUAACAAAUAUCAUCCAAUUUUUGCCGUGGCAUAUUGGGUUUACCACGUAAACAUGGAUUUGGAUAGAGUCAAUCCAUGCAAUAAUUUGAGGUCUGGGUUGGGGUUCUGCUGCUACCAAUUAAUUAUAAC